CACGACCGAGAAAGUUUGGAUUACUCCGGGGGUAGUAACGUUGAUGAAAUUAAAGUAAUUUGCUAAACCAGUCUGUCCCCACAUAUCCUCAUCUUAGAGCUCCCGCCUAGUCAACCAUUAUAAAAUAGUGCUACUUGGCUGUUUGAUCACGCUUACAGUAUAUAAAUACCUGUAUUUUCGCCGUGGAAAUGGACUGAGAUUUCCUCUGCUGAAACCCGAAGGAACAAAAAUGUAUUCCGAUCCCAAACCUAGUUUUAGUUUUCUUAUCCUCCUCUUCCUUCGUUUACAACCUCUCAUCUUCUCACUACCUACCGAUGCCUUACCUCCGCCUACUGUCUGCAUCGUCGGCAGCGGCAUCGGCGGUUCCUCCGUCGCCCACUUCCUACGCCACUACUUCCAUCCCUCCCCUUCCCAACCCAGACCUCCCAACAUCAAGAUCUUCGAGCGUAGCUACGUCGUCGGUGGUCGCAUGGCCACUGUCUCCAUUGGCGGUGAAACUUUUGAGGCUGGUGCUUCAAUUCUUCACCCCAAGAACUACCACGCUCUUAACUACUCGAAUCUUCUUGGUUUGAAGGUCAAACCGCCGCCUGCCUCGGAGGAUGAUGAUUCGAUGUCACUUGGGAUCUGGGAUGGGAAGAAAUUUGUUUUCAAAACCCUUCAAGUGGAUUCCAAGUUUCCAUUGGUGCAGAAGAUUGUUUCCUAUGUUAAUUCUUUUCGCAUCUUUUUCCGCUAUGGCUUCUCUCUUCUAAAGAUGGGCAGCUUCGUUGAGAGUACUGUGGAUAGCUUCUUGAAGUACUAUGAAAGCCCUGAAAGAAGACCCAUCUUUGAAACAGUGGAUGAGAUGCUUAAAUGGGCUGGUUUAUAUAAUCUCACAACUCAAACUUUGCAAGAUGAACUCAUUGGCAUCAAGUUGUCUCCCUUAUUGAUAGAAGAGCUUGUUACUGUCAUAACAAGAAUCAAUUAUGGACAAAGUGUGUAUAUUAGUGGACUUGCUGGAGCAGUUUCAUUGGCAGGAUCUGGGGGAGGAUUAUGGGCCGUUGAUGGAGGGAACUGGCAGAUGGCUUCUGGACUAAUUAAUAGUUCUGAUGUUUUUUUGCACCUUAAUGAAGAAAUAGAAUCCAUCUCUUAUCUUGGAGAAUAUUAUGAACUUAACUCCACAAAAGGAAACAGUUAUUCAUGUGAAGUUGCAGUGGUUGCUACACCCCUUGAUGAAGUAAACAUCCAAUUUUCACCUGCUGUUUCAAUUCGUGAGAGGAAAUUGCAGCAUACACAUGCAACCUUUGUGAGAGGCCUCUUGAAUCCAGCCUAUUUUGGUCUGCGCACUGUUGCUGAGAUUCCAGAACUGGUUGGCACAUUAGAGGAUCCUGACCUUCCAUUCACAUGCAUUUCAGUUCUCAAGCAACAUGAUGAAAAUGAUAUAAUUUACAAAAUAUUUUCUCGAGAACCAAUGUCAGAUGCAUUACUGGAUAGCAUUUUUAGUGCAAGGCUGCAGACAAACAGAAUAAACUGGGGAGCCUAUCCGCAUUAUAAAGCUCCGGAACUGUUUGCACCAUUCAUUUUGGAUGGUCAACAUUUGUAUUAUGUAAACGCAUUCGAGAAUGCGGCCAGCACCAUGGAGACGGGUGCGGUUGCAGCUGAGAAUGUAGCAAGGCUCAUAUUGUCAAGAUAUUUUAGUGAAGCAUCCCUGCAGUCAUCAAACUUGCAGAGCUUUAGUCCCGAUGCAGACGUAUCACACUUCGACCUGUAACUUACGGCGAAUGUAAUAUUGGUGUGUAAAUUUGGUGUCUCAAUAAUGUGAAAUCGUAGAAUAUACAAACGACAAACCAGUGCUUCCAACGCUUUGGUAUUUGGAGGUAAUUGUGCGUGAUGAAAUAUGACUUGUCAUUUUUCCUUCCGAUAUAUAUUGUAAAAUCUGGACCGGCUCAUAUGUUCUAGUAUAUAUACAUUUAAUUGGGAACUAUUUGAAUCAA